GCCGUCUAUACAUCCAUAUAUCUCCAUCUCAACCCUCUUUCUGUCCGCCAUGGCCCACAAAUCACACAGACACAAGGCCCUCCAGGCCCAGCUCGAGGCCCAGCCCACCAUCUCCCUCAUCUCCCAGAAAACCCGCAAGCCGGAAACGACACCAGUGGAUGUCGACAAUGACGGAGAUGUCCUCAUCGACAACGCCUCCGCUCCAGCCGGCCCCUCAGACGCUGCCGAGGCGUCUUCCUCGGGAUUCGCCCCUCUCAGUGCCGCCGCCCAAUCUACUGUGCUAAAAAACGAGUUCAGAAGAGUGCCCAUUCCUCCGCACCGAAUGACUCCCUUGAAGAGAGACUGGGUUAAUUUGUAUACUCCUAUGGUGGAAAUGCUUGGUCUGCAAGUUAGGAUGAACACGAAAAGGCGGGCCGUUGAGAUCAAGACCUCGGGUCACACUGUGGAUUCCGGAGCUAUUCAGAAAGGUGCCGAUUUCCUCAAGGCUUACGCCUUAGGAUUCGAUGUCAACGAUGCUUUGGCCCUGUUGAGAUUGGACGACCUCUAUCUGGAUUCUUUCGAGAUCAAAGAUGUCAAGACCCUUCAUGGCGACCACUUGGCUCGAGCUAUCGGUAUGUUCAUGCCCCGCCUAAUUUUCUGCAAUUGUAGCUUGAAACGUGAUCUGACUCUGUUCAGGUCGUAUAGCUGGUGAGGGCGGCAAAGUCAAGUUCUCCAUCGAGAAUGCUAGCAGAACACGAAUAGUCUUGGCCGACACGUGAGUGGAUUACCGGCUUCUUCUGCUUGGCAAAGGUGCGAGGUGUUCAGCAUUCUGACAAACUAUACAGACACAUCCAUAUCCUUGGAUCAGUCCAGAACAUCAAGAUUGCUCGUGAUGCUAUCGUCUCUUUGAUUCUCGGUUCGCCUCCAGGUAUGUCAUCGCUCAGCUCCCAGCCGGUCCAGCAGCUGACACCCGACAAAGGCAAGGUCUAUGCUCAUCUCAAGGCGGUCGGCGCGAGAAUGAAGCAACGAUUCUAAGACUACGUUACAUAUAUAUUCAUUUGUCUCUAUUCAUUGGGCAAGCUUGUACUGUUUCUAUACCCGCUCGCUGGCACACAUGCAUGUACACUAUAUCUCGC